AUGAUCACAAACGGGGAAAAGUACGCCUGCGAGAGCUGUAUUCGCGGCCACCGUGUCGCCCAGUGCCAGCAUACGGGUGAGUACAUCAUCAAUGGCUCUUCAAGACGUGCAUGGCUGAUACUGACGCGUGCAGAUCGCCCGCUUCAAAGAGUCGGAAAAAAGGGCCGCCCGGUAUCGCAGUGCAAUCACUGUCGCACUCUUCGAACCUCAAGAUCAGUUCAUACAAAUUGCAAAUGCGGCUCGGCUUCUCGUCAGGCCACGCUCAAGCAGUUCGGCCAAGAGCGAUGCCUCUGCUGUGAGGGCGGCGACUGCACGUGCGCCUACAAGACUGGUCAGAAGAAGCACUGCGGGUCAUCUACAUCCUCACCUUCAGUAAUCUCCAGUCAAAGAAGUCCUGAGAUGGCCCUCAGCCCUCAUCUAGCACACGCAACACCGCUUUUCCCGAUAGCUCGGGAUAUUCCCGGCAGCGACGGCACAUGUUCCGCACCAGCCUAUGUUGCCCUGAAUAGCGACCAUCCCGACCCGGUCCAUAACACGUACACGACGCCACCAGACAAUGUUACCCAUCUUGUGACAUCUGAAACACCAGACUGGCUCGGGGCUUUGGAUGCAGUUCUUGGGCCAAUAUCAGACGAACCGUCGCAAUGCCACAUGCAGGACUUCCAUGAUCCAUUAUUAUCAAUGGAUCCUUUCUCUCUGGCUCAUGUCUGGGGCGAUCUGCCACAAUCCGAACAGCCCGACAAUCUAGAUUCGGUUCCUACAUUUGACACGGACUUGCCCUCGUUUCCUUUUGACCACCAUGAGGACCAUCGAGAGAGCUUUGACUACGGAUUAUGA